GUCGGCUGUUGUGUUCAGUGAUUCUUCCACUUGUCUAUACAAAAUGUCCAUGUUCGGAGGAGGAUUCCAAGCGCAGCAAUCUGUCAACCCACAAAACAUUGCUAUGGCCGAGCAAGAGCUCGACAUGGUCACUGAUCUUUUCAACAGAAUCGUCGACUCAUGCUACUCAAAGUGCAUUUCAACAGAGUACCAGCAGAAUGACUUGUCACAGGGAGAAUCCGUCUGCAUCGACCGAUGUGUCGCUAAAUUCUUCGACGUUAAUGCCAAGGUUGGAGAGAAGAUGCAACAAAUGGGCGGUGGUCAACCA